UUGUAGAUGUAACUGACUAACAAAUUUUGGGGUCUUUAAAUCUUGAUUUUAGAUUCAGUUUGAAACUUGGGUAUGAUGAUUUCAUGUGUUUCUUCUGAUCUAAAUGUUGUUGAACAUGUUUGGUCGUUAGAACUUAUGUUGAUCAUGAAAGUGAUUUAGAAAAAGAAUGUCCCAUCGAUUUUCUGAUGAGACUUUUCCAACAAUAUGUACCAACUUAAUAAUUUGGUUCAGAUUAUCCACAUAAAUGUCAAAUUGUUAUUAAGAAAUCUGAGUGUUGACUUGCAAGCAGUGGGGGAGCUAUAUGUACGGUGAAGGGGGUUCAAUUGAAUCUCCUCGCCGGGACAUUUUAGUGCGUAUGUAGGUAAUUUUUUUUUUUUUCCACAUAUAUAUGUAACACGCUGAAUAUAUCUCCUUUAUACAAAGAAAACUUUUUGUGUAUGGCUUUCUGAAUCCCCAAGUUAGAAUUUCUGUCUUCGGCACUACUUCCAAGUGAUUAUAAAAGGGAAUGUCAAAGACUGCUGUUCCAUGUUCUGCAUACUUUAUUAAGUUUAGUGAUUAUUAUGUUGCCAUUCUGUAUGAAUGUGAGUGUUUGUUGGUUGUGGAGUAUUUUGCAUUGAUAUAUCUUGGUCUAGAGUGGGUACAUUAUGUUAUUUUGGAACUACUAGCUAAUUCUUUUAGCAUUUUGCUCUUUCUUUUCAUGUGCUAUUAGCUGGUGAGUUCUACUGGAAAUAUGAAAAUCUAUCUCGCCUUGAGCGUGAAGGGAGCUAAAAAGGAGAAUCAGAGAUUUCACGCAGACUGAGCUGAUCUUAGGAACAAUUCUCAUUUUGACUCCGUAUUUCUGUCUCACCUAAAUUAUACUUGCAAACUAAAUGUUUAAGGUCCUUAAAAGAUUGCUGAUGAGAUGGAUAUUCAAGCACUUGUUAUUGACAAUGGAACUGGAACGAGCAAGGUUGGCUUUGCUGGGGAUGAUUCUCCAAGGGCUGUUUUCCCAAGUGUAGUUGGUCAUCCUCGUCACACUGGUGUCAUGGUUGGAAUGGGACAAAAAGAUGCCUAUGUUGGUGAUGAAGCUGAGCGUAGAAAUGGUAUUUUGACUCUUAAAUAUCCCAUUGGACAUCGCAUAAUAAGAAACUGGUAUGAUAUGGAGAAAAUCUGGCAUCACACAUUUUACAAUGAACUCCGUGUUGCUCCCGAGGAGCAUCCCAUUCUUCUGACUGAAGCGCCACUUAACCCCAGAGCAAACCGUGAGAAAAUGACCGAAAUCAUGUUUGAGAAUUUCCGUUUCCCAGCCAUGUAUGUUGCGAUCCAGGCCGUUCUCUCUCUGUUUGGUAAUGGUCGCACAACUGGCAUUGUGGUUAAUUCUGGUGAUGGUGUGAGCCACACUGUCCCCAUCUAUGAGGGACAUGCACUUCCCCAUGCUAUCUCGCGGUUACAUCUUGCUGGUCGUGCUAUUCUGGAUUAUCUCAUGGAGAUUCUCUGCGAGGGUCUCUAUGAGGGUCGUUAUAUAUUUAACAAUGGCGUUGAUAUAAAUGUUAUGUGUCAUAUGAAGGAAACAAUUGCUUAUGUUGCACUGGACUUUGAACAGGAGAUUGAGAAGGCAAAAAAUAGAUCUUCAGUUGAGAAGGGCUAUGAGCUCCCUGAUGGACAAGUCAUUAAUAUUGGUGCUGAUAGAUUCCGUUGUCCUGAAGUCCUCUUCCAGCCAUCAUUGGUUGGAAAGGGACCGAUAGGAAUUCAUGAAAAAACCUACAACUCAAUCAUGAGAUGCGAUGUUGAUAUUAGGAAAGAUUUAUUUGCAAACAUUGUGCUUAGUGGUGGCUCAACUAUGUUUCCUGGCAUAGCAGAACGUAUGAGCAAGGAAAUCAGUGCUCUUGCCCCAAGCAGCACGAAGAUCGAGGUGGUUGCACCACCUGAGAGGAAGUACAGCGCCUGGAUAGGAGGAUCAGUUCUCGCUUCUCUCAGUACUUUCCAAAAUAUGUGGAUACCAAAGGCCGAGUAUGAUGAAUGCGGUCCCGCGGUGGUUCACAGAAUGUGCAUCUAAGAGUGGUUUGAUAACUUAAAUACUCCCUAGUUAAAUUCCAGCACAUGAAUUCCAUUUCUGUCAGAGAGAUGUUUCUUUUUUGAAGUGAUACGCAAUUUUGUGAGCAGUAUGAUAGUUUACUUUUUAGCUGCUCUGUAUCAAUAUGCUGAAUUAAAUUUACUCGCAUUUAAUCUGUUAUUCCAAGUGAUUUGGCUAGCAAA